AUGAAUAGACCGGAACAUGUGUGGAGAUUGACUUGGAAGUAUUUAUCAUAUGGCAUUGUUUAUGAUCAACGAUUAUUCACAGGAGAUCAAGGUUUGACACUAACUGACGGGGAGCUAAAAGAACUUAUGUUAAUGGCUAUUGAAACACUGUUACAAAACAAUAAUAAAAGUUUGAAAGAUUUCAAGCCAAUGCCAUAUCCAAAAGAUUUUGUGGUUUCCUUUAUAGGAAAUAGGCUUCUUUAUGAUGAGCGUCAAUACAAUGUUCUUGAACAACAACAAAUUUUUGCUAAUUUGUACUCUUCUCUUACAAAUGAACAAAGAACCAUUUAUGAGGAAAUAAUGGAUGUUGUACAAAAGCAACGAGGUGGGGUGUUUUUUUUAUAUAGCUAUGGUGGAACUGGUAAGACCUUUAUGUUGAACACUUUAUCAGCCGCACUUAGGUCUCAGAAAAAAAUUGUCUUGCCGGUGGCCUCAAGUGGGAUUGCAAGUUUGUUGCUACCAGAAACUUCUAUUUGCAACAUUAACAAAAAAGAUGAUCUUGCUGAGCUUCUAAAGAUGACAGAUCUUAUCAUAUGGGAUGAAGCUCCUAUGGCUAACAAAUUUUGCUUUGAGCCUCUUGAUAAAUCCUUGAAAGAUAUUAUGAGUGGAAUGCCACAUGCAUCUCAUAAAAUAUUUGGAGGUAAGGUUGUUGUGUUUGGUGGUGACUUCAGACAAAUUCUCCCUGUUAUACCAAGAGGUCUUGAAGCUUACAAAGAACAUGGUGCAACUACUUCUACUACCAAUGAUAUUAGGAGCUUUUCAGAGUGGAUUUUAAAUAUUGGGGAUGGGACCGUGUGUGAGCCGAAUGAUGGUUAUGCUGAUAUUUGUAUUCCAGAUGAGUUUUUAAUUUCAAACUUUUCCGAUCCCAUUAAGGCAAUUGUUGAGGAUACCUACCCUGAUCUCAUUCAUAACUAUCUUGAUUCCAACUAUCUCCAAAGUCGUGCAAUCUUAGCUUCAACAAUUGAAGUAGUAGAUGAUAUCAACCAAUAUAUCACAAAUCUUCUUCCAAGAGAAGACAAAGAAUACUUCAGUAGUGAUUCUAUAGAUAAAUCUGAUGCUACUAACUUUGAUGCAUAUGAGCAUGUCACAUCUGAGUUCCUAAAUGCUCUUAAAACUUCUGGAUUGCCUAAUCAUUCAAUCAGGUUAAAAGUUGGUGUCACGGUAAUGUUAAUGCGCAAUCUUGAUCAGUCUGAAGGCUUGUGCAAUGGUACACGACUCACUGUAACCAGACUUGCUUCUCAUGUCAUUGAAGCUAAGAUCAUUUUUGGAAAAAAUAUUGGUAACAUCAUUUAUAUUCCUAGGAUGUCAUUGCCCCCCUCACAGUCACCACGGCCAUUUAAAUUGGUUAGACGUCAAUUCCCCAUUAUGGUUUCCUUUGCCAUGACAAUUAACAAGUCUCAAGGGCAAUCUCUUGACAAUGUUGGUUUGUAUUUGCCAAAAGAAGUUUUUAGUCAUGGUCAAUUAUAUGUGGCUAUCUCAAGAGUUAAAUAA